AUGUGUACCUCUACUCCUUCCACACCACGAUCGAGAUUUGAUGACUCGAGAAGCACUCCUGUCACCGAACAUAGUAAUAUGAUGCAGGCUCGAUUCCAAGAUGUCGCAGUCGUCGGCAUGGGAUGCCGUGUAGCUGAUGGCAUUCAAAGCCCUGAACAGCUCUGGCAAGCUCUGCUGGGCCAGAAAGUGGCAUCUACCGAAAUGCCCCCAAAACGUUGGGCACCAUACCACAACCGAGACUCCCGCAACCCGAAAGUCAUGAGCCAAGUACCCAACCGCGGAUACUACGUCAAAGAUAUUGAAGGAUUUGACUGUCAGUUUUUCGGCAUCUCCCCGAAAGAAGCAGAGCAAAUGGAUCCACAGCAGCGUGUCUCGCUCGAGGUUGCUUGGGAGGCGCUCGAGGACGCCGGAAUUUCCGCGAAGACGCUGGGUGGUAGUGACACCGCUGUUUUUUGGGGCGUGAACUCGAAUGAUUAUGGGAGUCUUAUUUUGGAGGACCUUGCGAAUAUUGAUGCUUGGAUGGGGAUUGGGACGGCAUACUGCGGGGUUCCAAACCGGAUAUCGUACCAUUUGAACCUGAUGGGGCCCAGUGUCGCUGUUGACGCUGCAUGCGCUUCUUCACUCGUUGCUGUUCACCAUGGUAUAAAAGCCAUCGUCGGAGGUGAAUCCAAGAUUGCGAUUGUUGGUGGCGUGAACGCACUCUGCAGUCCAGGCUUGACAACGGUCCUGGCUAGGGCUGGGGUUAUUUCUUCUGAGGGCCAAUGCCGAUCGUUCGACGAUACCGCGAAUGGUUAUGGUCGUGGCGAAGGUGCAGGUGCUGUUGUCCUGAAGAACCUCAGUCAAGCUGUUCAUGACGGAGACCACAUCAUGGCAGUCAUCAAGGGUAGCGCGGUAGCCCACAACGGCAGGAACAACGGCAUCAUGGCCCCGAACGCCAAAGCACAACAACUAGUUGCACAGAAAGCACUCCACGCCGCUGGCAUUGAUCCCCAUACGGUGCGCUACGUCGAAGCGCACGCUACAUCUACUGCACUGGGAGAUCCGACAGAAGUUUCCGCAGUUGCAGAGACCUAUGGUGUCGGGAGGCCAAGUGACGAUCCAUGUUAUAUUGGCUCGAUAAAGCCCAAUAUCGGCCAUCUGGAGGCUGGCGCAGGAGUUAUGGGUCUCAUAAAGGCUGUCCUCGCUAUCCAAAAGGGCAUCCUACCCCCUCAAGCAAACUUGCAAACGCUCAACACCCGAAUCAACUGGCAAGAGACCGGCCUCAGGGUUGUGCAGAAACCAACCGACUGGCCAAAUCCAAAUGACCUGCGUCGCGCAGCCGUGUGCUCUUAUGGAUAUGGCGGAACAGUAUCGCAUGCUAUUCUCGAAGAGUUCCCGCAGUACACAAAGCCAUAUUCGCUGGACGAAGAGAAUGUCCACAGUAUGGGUCCACAGUUACUGCUUCUCUCAGCACCUCAGGAGCAACGUCUACCUGCCUCUGCAGAAUUAUUGAGCACAUGGAUCCGCCAACAGGGCUCCGAGCUUGGUCUUGCUGAUCUGUGUCAAACAAUGGCCACACGACGUAGCCAUCACGAUUUCCGGAUAUCUGCAGUUGUUGAAGACAUUGAUGGUGUCAUUGCUGCUUUGGAUUGCAUACAGCAGCACUCGACGGGCAAUCCGUGGAUUGCCCAAAGCCGCGUCCUCCCAUCUGAUGUAAGAAAAGAUGUGGUCUGGGUGUUUUCUGGCCAUGGAGCGCAAUGGACGAACAUGGGGAAGGAAUUGGUCAACAGCCCGGCUUUCUACGACGCCGUCGAACCACUUGAUGUUGUUGUCCGAGAGGAGAUCGGUUUGUCGCCUAUUGAAUGGUUGCAUCAGGGUGACUUCGCGUCGUCCGAUCGGAUACAGAUCUUAACCUACAUAGUCCAAAUCGGAAUCAGUGCCGUAUUAAACAGUCACGGUAUCUUCCCUCAGGCAGUCAUUGGUCAUUCUGUAGGAGAGAUCGCUGCUUCUGUGGUUGCUGGUGCACUUUCGCCAAUUGAGGGAGCGUUGAUUGUCACUCGACGGGCAGUUCUGUACAGGCAAGUUAUGGGCCAUGGAGCAAUGGCAUUGGUCAGCCGGAGCUCUGAAUAUGUCUGUCAAGACCUCAACGAGAAAGGCGCGACCAAUGUGACUGUCGCCAUUGACUCAUCCCCGUCAUCCUGUGUUAUCGCUGGUCCCAGAGAGGAUGUCGCCAUUGUCGUUCAACAGUAUCAGGACCAAGGAACAAAGACUUUCACCGUCAAGACUGAUAUCGCAUUUCACAGUCCCGCAGUCCUAAGUAAGCUUGGAGAGCCUCUUUUGAGCGCGCUUCGAGAUGCCUUGCAACCUACUCAGCCGGCAGUCCAGCUGUAUUCAACUUCGCUUUCGGAUGCUCGUGGACAGGAUCCUCGGGAUACUAGUUAUUGGGUAAACAACAUGAUUAGCCCAGUAAAGCUGACAUCUGCUGUUGGUGCUGCCAUCGAGGAUGGCCACCGGAGGUUCUUGGAAGUCUCUAGUCACCCCGUCGUGUCUCACUCGAUUAGCGAGACUAUCAUGGACCAUGGUGUUGACGACUUCUCGGUCCUUACCACUCUUUGCAGAGACCAACCGGCAAUAAAGAACAUUCUUCAUGCAGUUGGUCGACUGUACUGCAGUGGGGCGGAUAUCAACAACUCAAAACAACGUAGGGUGAACAAUUGGAUCCAAGGGAUACCAACGGGUCCCUGGAUGCAUCGUCCCUUGUGGCGCGAAGCGACAACAACUGGAACCGCAGACGUGCAUGAUGUCAACACGCACACUCUUCUGGGCAAGCGCACUGCUGUGGCCGGCACCGAGAUGGUGGUCUUCUCGACGACCUUGGACCAGGAUACAAAACCCUUCCCGCUGAGCCAUCCAGUUUCCGGAACUGAAAUUAUUCCUGCCGCUUGUUUGAUCAAUACCUUCCUAGGCGCUACUGGCACUUCCUUAUUGCAGAACAUUAACCUAAAAGUCCCCGUUGCCGUUGGUACUCCGCGAAACAUUCAAGUGGUGGUGAAGCAAGAUCAUGAGGUGAAACUUAUGUCACGACUGGCAAAAGGCGAACAAAGGGAUGAGGACUCUUGGGUCACCCACACGACCGGUCAUGGCGUCAACUGUCGACCUGAAGCAGCCACAGAAGUAAAAUUCAACAUUUCUGCAGUGAAGGCCCGUAUCGGCGCACAGCUACGGGAUGAUUUUACCAUCGACUACCUCGCAAAGGUCGGAGUUGGAGCCAUGGGAUUUCCAUGGACGGUGACUGAGCAUCAUGGAAACACCAGCGAAAUGAUUGCACGAGUCGACGUCGCCCCGGCGUCGGAAAUCUUCAGUGACUGGAGCCCUUCGUCGUGGGCACCGUUUUUGGAUGCCGCGACAUCCAUUGGAUCUACUAUCUUCUUCGACAUACCUCGAUUGCGCAUGCCUGCACAGAUUCAACAGGUAGAGGUUUUCACGGAGCAAAAUCCGCCCAAGGUUGGUUGGGUAUACGUACAGCAAGACACCAACACGGAGUAUUCCAGCCAUGUCUAUAUAGUAGACGAGUCUGGAACACUUCUGGCCAAAUUCACCUCCAUGCGGUUCUCCGAGAUUGAGGGUACACCCGGUGCAAGCGGGGGAAGUAUUUCAGGCCUGGUGCAUCGGUUGGCAUGGCCGCCAGCUCUACCCGCAGAAAAACCUAUUCGCGUCGAGAAAGUCAUUUUGAUUGGCAGUGACGUUGCCAUGAGGGACAUGUAUGCAAAGACCUUGCCUACCCACGUCCGGUCAUUUCAGCUUUCUGGAAUCGAUGAUCUUGACAAUCAACUUCCUCACGAAUUUGUACCUAAUCAUGGCACGGGCACGGUAAUCGUUUACAUUCCACAUGAGGUGCAUUCACUUCAGGAAGUGCCUGUCAUGACCGAGACCUUCACCUGGCAGCUUCUUGAAGUCACAAAAUUUUUCGCUCAGAGGUCCCUCCCCGUCAAGAUCUUUGUACUUACCGACGAUGCUACGCAAGGGGAGACACCGACUGCAUUGGCCCACGCACCGCUACUGGGCCUCAGCAGAAUCAUUGCCAGCGAACAUCCUAAUUUAUUUGGAGGCCUUAUUGACUGUGAGCAACGGGUUAUGCCUCUAGCCGUCAUGAAGUAUAUCCAAGGAGCAGACAUAAUCCGUAUCAGCGAUGGAAUAGCCCGGACAGCCAGACUUCGCGCUUUUUCCCCAGAAGACCGGACUCAUCGGCAGUCCAAGUCACUCCCUCGACCUGAGGGUACAUACCUCAUUGUGGGUGGUUUAGGCGUGCUUGGAUUCGCGGUGGCAGAGUUUCUGGCUGAGCAAGGAGCUCGACGUUUGGUGCUUGUUUCCCGACGUUCGCUGCCGCCGCGGAGAACCUGGGAUACUAUUCACGACAAUGGCAUUAAGUCAACAAUCACAAAGAUCCAAGCUCUAGAGCAAAAGGGUGUCAGCGUCCACACCGUGUCUAUCGAUAUCACCAAUGCAAGUGCUACAUCCAGUUUACUAGGAGAAUUGGACCGACUAGGUCUCCCUCCGGUUUUAGGUGUCAUCCACGCAGCCGGAGUAUUGGAGAACCAACUCAUCAUGGAGACCACUCAGGACGCCCUUAACCGCGUCCUAUCAGCUAAGGUUAGCGGAACGCUGGCUCUGCAUGAGGCCUUCCCACCGAACACGCUUGAUUUCUUCGUCCUCUUCUCCUCCUGUGGCCAGCUGUUUGGCUUCCCUGGCCAAGGCUCUUACGCCAGCUCAAAUGCGUUCCUCGAUACACUGGCUACGCAUCGCCGGAAUCUGGGUGACAACGCGGUUGCUUUCCAAUGGACCGCGUGGCAAGGUAUGGGCCUGGGAAGCGAUAGCGAUUUCGUCGCUGCGGAACUUGAAAGCAAGGGUAUCACGAAUGUGAACCGUCAUGAUGCUUUCCAGGCGUGGUUGCACCUUGCACAGUACGACACGGAUCACGGCGUAGUACUGCGUAGUCGCGUUUUUGACGAAGGAGAACCACUUCCGACACCAAUCCUGAAUGAUAUCGCCAUUCGACGAGCCACAGAGCCCAGUGAAGGUGGUGAAAGCAAGUCUGGCAGCAAGCCAGCACUGCCAUCUUCCGGGCCGGAGCUAAAGUCAUAUCUCGAUGAACAGAUUCGGAUUUGUGUGGCCAACGUCCUCAACCUCUCCGCGGACGAAAUCGAUUCCAAGGCGACCUUAUCGAAUCUUGGGUUGGACUCUGUGAUGAGUGUCAGCUUGCGACGUCAGCUGCAACAAGCCUUUAAGAUCAAUGUCCCACCAACUCUGGUUUGGAACUACCCGACGACAUAUCAUCUGGUAGGGUGGUUCUUUGAAAAGCUGGCCCAGUAAAUACUCAAUUGCUUUUUGUAUAUAGAACUUCAGAGGCUCAAAGUAUCUCAAUCUUGAAUUAUGUGAUGUGAGCCAUCCUUGUUAUGUUACUUUGUGAUAAUGUCGUUAUAGAACUGCAGAUACCCUUUGACUCCGGUCCGCAGCAGUAGCGCACAUAAGACCGGUGGUUGCUGCACCCUCGACUGAGAGCACUGCCAU